CGGCUCCGGCAGUCCUGCCCUACCACUCCUACCCUUUCCCCUCGGCCUGGGUUAACUUAGUCGCCGGGCUGAAGCGCCAAGAUUUCGUUGGAUUUUUCGCGCUAUCCUCACAAAAAGUUCGCCCACUUCGCCCACCGCCUUCAACCCUCCAUCCUCCCCCACAACACUCUCUCUCAAUCAGUCCUUUUCACACAACGACAUCAUGAGUGACGAAGUUUACGAGGGUGCCAUUGGCAUCGAUCUUGGCACAACCUACUCUUGCGUUGCCAACUACGAGGGCACCAAUGUCGAGAUCAUCGCCAACGAGCAGGGUAGCUUCACCACCCCUUCAUUCGUUUCUUUCACCAGCGAGGAGCGCUUGAUCGGUGAGGCCGCAAAGAACCAAGCCGCCAUGAACCCCGAGAACACCGUUUUCGAUGUCAAGCGAUUGAUUGGUCGCAGGUUCGACGACGAGACCGUCAAGAAGGACGUUCAGUCGUGGCCCUUCAAGGUCGUCGACCAGGGCGGCAACCCCGUCGUCGAGGUUGAGUACUUGGGUGAGACCAAGACUUUCUCCCCCCAGGAGAUCUCCGCCAUGGUCCUCGUCAAGAUGAAGGAAGUUGCCGAGACCAAGCUCGGAAAGAAGGUUGAGAAGGCAGUCAUCACCGUCCCCGCCUACUUCAACGACAACCAGCGUCAGGCUACCAAGGACGCCGGUGCCAUCGCCGGCCUCAACGUCCUCCGUAUCAUCAACGAGCCCACCGCCGCUGCCAUCGCCUACGGUCUCGGUUCCGGCAAGUCUGAGAAGGAGAGGAACGUCCUCAUCUACGACUUGGGUGGUGGUACUUUCGAUGUCUCCCUCCUCCACAUCCAGGGCGGUGUCUUCACCGUCAAGGCUACUGCCGGAGACACCCAUUUGGGUGGCCAAGACUUCGAUACCAACCUCCUUGAUCAUUUCAAGAAGGAGUUCCAGAAGAAGACCAAGAAGGACCUCUCCAGCGAUGCUCGUGCCCUUCGCCGUCUCCGAACUGCUUGCGAGCGUGCCAAGCGUACUCUCUCCAACGCUACCCAGACCACCGUUGAGAUCGACUCUCUCUUCGAUGGCGAGGACUUCAACUCCAACAUCACCCGUGCCCGUUUCGAGGACUUGAACGCCAAGGCCUUCAACGGCACCAUCCAGCCCGUCGAGCAGGUCCUCAAGGAUGCCUCUCUCGACAAGUCCAAGGUUGACGAGAUCGUCCUCGUUGGUGGCUCCACCCGUAUCCCCAGGAUACAGAAGCUCCUUUCCGACUUCUUCAACGGCAAGAAGCUCGAGAAGAGCAUCAACCCCGAUGAGGCCGUCGCCUACGGUGCUGCCGUCCAGGCCGGUAUCCUCUCCGGAAGGGCCACCUCCGCCGACACCGCUGACCUUUUGCUCCUCGAUGUCGUCCCUCUCUCCCUCGGUGUCGCCAUGGAGGGUAACAUCUUCGCUCCCGUCGUUCCCCGUGGUUCUACCGUCCCUACUUUGAAGAAGAGGACUUUCACCACUGUCCAGGACUCCCAGACCACCGUUCAGUUCCCCGUCUACCAGGGUGAGCGUGUCAACUGCGAGGACAACACCUCUCUCGGAGAGUUCACUCUUGCUCCCAUCCCUCCCAUGAAGGCUGGUGAUGCCGUCCUCGAGGUCGUCUUCGAGGUCGAUGUCAACGGUAUCCUCAAGGUCACCGCCACCGAGAAGACCUCCGGCCGCAGCGCCAACAUCACCAUCUCCAACUCCGUUGGUAAGCUCUCAUCCACUGAGAUCGAGGACAUGAUCAACGACGCCGCCAAGUUCAAGACCAGCGACGAGGCCUUCAGCAAGAAGUUCGAGUCCAGGCAGCAGCUUGAGACCUACAUCUCCCGCGUUGAGGAGAUGGUCUCCGACCCCACCACCUCCAUCAGGCUCAAGCGUGGCCAGAAGGAGAAGAUCGAGUCCGCUCUCAGCGACGCCAUGGCCCAGCUCGAGAUCGAGGACGCCCCCGCCGAGGACCUCAAGAAGAAGGAGCUCGCUCUCAAGAGGGUCGUCACCAAGGCCUUCGCCACCCGCUAAAUGUCUUCCAUCCAAUUCAAAUGUUUGGUGCGGGUUGCGGCUGGUGCUGGUUGGUUGCUAAGUGAAUGCCCGAGGGGUUUUGCGUUUUCUCAGGCGUGAAAUGGGACACAAAAAAACUGGUGUAGUUUUACAAAAUGAACGCCGCCGGGGUAGUGCUGGAUUGUCAAUGAUUCCC